CCGGUCAUUCAGUGAAGUCAGUGACCUGUCAGUCUUGACUGAUGGGGACCCCGUGUGUGGGAAAAUCCUGCAGGCAAAGGGCUGGUCCAUUCACAUGCUAAUCGCGUCCUAUAAAUAAAAGGCUUGUGACGCGCCGAGGACCCUAGAGACGCGCUGAGACCCAGGGCAGGAGCGACAGAAGCACAGAAGCGCACCGGUUUCAACAUGACCGCGUCUUCUGCAGCGCGCAACGCAGAGAAACACCCCGUGGCCAAGGAGGAGAGAAAGCUCAGGAAGCCGCUUAUCGAGAGGAAACGACGGGAGAGGAUAAACAACUGUUUGGAUCAGCUGAAAGAAACAGUGAUCGGAGCCUUCAGGCUGGAUCAAUCCAAACUAGAGAAGGCAGACAUCCUGGAGAUGACGGUGAAACAUCUGCAAAACAUCCGCAAUAAUCACCUGAAUGACCAAACGUUAGGCCUAGAGGCCCAGCAGAGAUACAGCACAGGCUACAUCCAGUGCAUGCACGAGGUCCACAACAUGCUCCUCACCUGCGACUGGAUGGACAAAACUCUUGGCUCCCGGCUCCUCAACCACCUCCUCAAGUCCCUUCCCAGGUCCAACCAUGACCUCAGCCGGCCCAAACACAGGCAUGACGGGUCGGUCUUGACCAGCCAAGGCAUCCCUACCACACCCCUUCGCAGUGGCCCAAUAGUUGGGAGGCAGCAUCAGAAGGGCGAGUCAGACGGCCAGGUUCCUGAGCGUCAGGAGAGGCCUGCACUCCACACCUCAUCUCUGGGGAUGCUGGAGAUGUGGAGGCCCUGGUGAACUUGUGGAUUAAUGAUCUAAGAUGUCAAUUUUGUAAGACUAUCCUCAGUUAUGUAUCUUAUAGAUAUGGUGUUCAGAAGACCAAGAUGUGGGGGCGGUUUUGUUCCAGUGGUUAUUAUGUUUAGCUGUGCUAUACUAACUCUAUACAGACCUUUUCUCAGUACUUCCCUAAAGAAGUUGACUUCUUGUAGCCUGCAUUAUAGAAGGCUCUUAUUAAUCUUUCUUUUAUUUAUUGUAUUAACAUCUAUUUAUUUCAUAAUAUAUGGCAUGACUUUACUUCUUUGGCCCUUCGCUAAGUGCAUUUCUAUCCUCCUACUUUCUAUACUAUUUAACCUAAACAUUAUUAAUAAAAAUAAAGUAUGUUACUUACUCAUUAAAAGAAGCUUA